AUGGUUGCCACGUGUUCCGAUGUCUCUGCGGCUUGUCAGGCUCCAGUGUGGGCGUUUGAAAUCAGGAACCUGGCCGCCUCGCUGCUGGCAGCGGGCGCAGGCAGCGCGGCAGGCGGAGCUGGAAGCGCCCCCCGCCCAGUGGGGUUCGGGGGAUACGUGGGCAGUGCGCGGGUGCAGACAGCAGCCGCGGGGGCGGCUGGAGGGGGAAGGGAGAGCGCGGAGGGCGGGGCAGACGGAGGGCGGGAGGGGCAAGGGGGGGCAGCGGAGGCUUCUGCAGGCAGCGGGCCUAAGGAGCUGGUCAUUGGGGCAGACGUGGGCGGCGAGGCAGCGGCGCAUCUGAGGCGGCUGGCGAAGAAAGACGCCACCACCAAGCUGAAGGCGCUGGAAGCGCUUCAGGGGGUGCUGGGCGGCAGCACAGCCGCCCAGAUGCAAGCCAUGCUGCCUGCUUGGGCGUUUGAGUACCGGCGGCUGGUGGUGGACGGCAGCAGGGCUGUGCGCCUCGCCACACACGCCACCAUGACCCUGCUCGUCAAGGCCGUGGGCAAGGGCCUGGCGCCACACCUGAAGCAGGUGAUGGGGCCGUGGUGGGUGGCGCAGUUUGACUCCUCCCGUGACGUCGCUGCUGCCGCCUCCCUCUCCUUCCAGGUGCGUCACAGGCUUACCAGCUUUCGUCUCCUCCUGCUGCCCACCCUGCUGCCCACCCUGCUGCCCACCCUGCUGCCCAUCCUGCUGCCCAUCCUGCUGCCAAUCCUGCUGCCCAUCCUGCUGCCCAUCCUGCUGCCCAUCCUGCUGCCCAUCCUGCUGCCCAUCCUGCUGCCCAUCCUGCUGCCCAUCCUGCUGCCCAUCCUGCUGCCCAUCCUGCUGCCCAUUCUGGUGCAGCCGCUGUGCACUCCUCAUCCAUCCCGCACUUGUCGCCUCCUUCUUCUCCCCCCCUCCCUCCUCCAGACAGCCUUCCCCACGCCCACACGGCGAGUGGAGGCGCUGGCAUUCGCGGGGGAGGCGGUGGUGGGCGCGCUGGCGGAGCUGCUGGCCGCCACCCCGCAGUCGCUGGCUGCUGCCGACCGCUCGCUCAGCGUGGAGGAGGCCAAGCACCGCCUGGACGAGCUGCUGUGCGCAGCUCUGCUGGCGCUGAGGGCGCUCCUGCAAACCCUGCUGCCGCCACGGCCACUCAGAGGGGCUGCUGCUGGCGCUGCGACCGCAGCGUCGCUGCUCUCCUCCCUGCGCGCCCUCUCCUUCCUCCGCGCCCUCGCCAAACACCCCUCCCCCCGCGUGCGCUCCGCAGCCUACCACACGUUGCCAGCUGUCCUGCUCUCAUUGGGCCCGCAGGGGCAGGAGCAGGAGGGAGUGGUGACGAGUAGCGGGAGGGGGGGCAACCAGGAGGGAGGGGGGGGCGGAGAGAGGUGGGAAGGUGAAGUGGAGGUGAUGGGGGAAGCGGAGGUGGUGGAGAAGGUGGGGCCAGUGGUGGCAGCAGCCAUGGGGGAGAAGGUAUCCGCAUGCCAUGGCGCCAUGUGGGAGCUGGUUCUGGUGGCAUCACGCACCUGCCCCUCCCUCUGGGCCAACCCUUCCUUUCUUAAAUCCGCUCUGCCGAAGCUCUGGGGUUUUCUCCGAGCCGGGUGUUUAGGCUCGGCAGCGCAGUCGUACCCGUGCCUGCUGCUGCUGCUUUCGGUGUUCUUCCGAGCCAGGCUGCACCAAUCACAGGGCGUGUUGGUGCCUUUUUUUACGAGCCUUUGGCAGGGACGGCUUGUCCACAUGGCGCGGCCUGAUUGGCUGGCGCUGCUGACGUGUGUGAGGGAGUGCUUGGUGCUGAGUGUGGUGCAGCUGAGGCGAGAGGAGGGGAGGGCAGUGGGGGAGGAGGAGGUUGGGGGAGGGGAGCAGAAGGAGGGUGGGAGAGAAGGACAGGUAAUCUACGCUGGAGAACUAGUGAAAGUGGUGUUGUGGGAUUUAUGCUUCCUAGACCUCCUUCCCGAGCCCAGGAACACUGGUUCGGACCUAGGCUCGGAUUCUCAUGGUCCAGAGAAGACAGAGGGCACUGGUGGAAAGGCCGAAGGGGGGAGGGGCGGGGUGGCAGCGGGUGAGAGGAAGGGCGGGAGUGCAUGGCUGGGAGCGGUGGUGGCGUGUGUGGGAGAGACAGUGAGGCAGAUAGUGCAGGUGGAGAGGGGAAAGGGGUGGACGGGGGGCGGAGGAGAGGAGGCGCAAGAGCUGGGGAGGGGUGAGGCGCCGAGAGGGUCUGUUAUGGACGGCUUCUGGUCGUGCGUGGUGGAUGCCGUGCUGUCUGCUGUUGAUGGCCCCACUGCUACUGGUGUGCCUCCUCCUGUUGAUGCUGCCAAGAAGGAGCACACAGGGGAGUGUGAAGUGGCGCUGCUGAGGCGAGCACUCGCAGGGAGCGCUGCUGCUGAUGGUGGUCAUAACACAAGCAAGCGCACUAGCGACGGCAGCACAGUGCAAGCAGUUCUGUCACUGCUGAAGCAGCUCAAGCCGACAGCAGCAGCUGCAGCAGGGCCUGCAGGAGUGGCAUCAGCAGCAGCAGGCGGUGUGAAGGGCAGUGGCGAGCGUAUGGAGUGGGUGGUGCCUGCAGUGGUUUCUCCUCUCAUGCACCGACUGCUGCCCCUCGCGCUGCCCCUCCCCCUCCCGUCCUCUCCCCUCCCCUCUUCAUCCUCCCCCGCUCGCAUGGAAGCGGCAGCAGCCAUGGCGGCGGCACUUGUCGACAUGUUUGGAGCACCAGCCAUCCCGUGCCAGCUGGCGGCGCAUGAUUCGACGGACAGUGCAGCUACCGUGGCUCGCAGUGGCACGACUCCCCUGCAGCUGCUGGACUUGCUGCUGGCAGACACGGAGGUUGGGGCAGGAGAGGGAGCAAGUGGCAGGGCGGAUGGCAGGGCUGUGUUUGUUCUGCAAGUGAAGCUCCUCUCGCACCUCGCCCUGCUCCCUCCGCCACACAGCACCAUCACCACCACCAUCACCACUAGCAGCAGCAGUGCAAGCAGCAUAGGUGGAAGCGAAUCAGGGGCAGCAGAAGGCGAGAACUGCCUGUCGCUCAUCGUGCAGCGGCUGUGCACUGCUGCACUCCACCCAGCCAAGCAGAGCGAGGCAGAGGCAGGUGGGGGUCAUGGUGGAGGCUCCUCCUCCCUCAACAUGCCCGCUUGCCUCCUCGCUGCUCUCCUCUCCUCGCUCUCCGCCCCCUCCCCUCCCCUCACCGCCGCGGCCAGCACCGCUCUUGACCGCUUGGCCAUGCACGUGGUUGCAUCCAUGCCGCUGCUGCUCCUCCCCUCCUCCCAAUGGCUCCUCCGAACGCUCCUCUCUCCGCCUCCUGCUGCUCCCACGCCCCUCUCUGUCCCCUCCUCGCGUUCCUGGCUGUCGCCCUCCUGCCUUGCCUUGGUCUAUGCCUCUCUGCAUUCGCACCUGCUUUCUUCCCUCCUCGUGCUCUCCUCCUCUCCGUCCCUCCACACUCUCGGUCUCAUGCUCCAGCCACUGCUGCUGCUGGUGAGGCGAGAGGGAGGUGUGGGGGGAGAAGGGGUGGAAGUAGGAGCAUUGGAAAAGCCAGACUCAGAAGGAGGAGGUGAGGGGGAUGCCACGUCAGCACAGGCCGAGCUGGCAGCAUGCCUGGACGUCCUGGAGCCCCUGUGGCUCGCCUCCCAUGUGUCUGCCAGCAGCGCAGGCUCUGCUGAGCUGUCGUGUGGUGAUUUGCUGGCGGUGGUUGCUGCUUGCUCGUCUUACCUUGUAAGCUGGUGCCUGGGGGAAGGGGAGGCAGACAAGGGAGAACAGGCAGGGAGUGAGGAGGAGAGUGACGAUGAGGAGGAGGAAACGAAGGAGGAUGGGGACGAGGAGGGGGAGGGAGAGGAGGGGUUGGAGUUGGAAGAAGAAGAGGAGGGGGGAGGAGGAGGGGCAUCAGGGGAAGGGUACAUGGAAAAGGUUCUGGGAGGGGGUGGAGCAGCAGUGGCGGUAGGAGCAGCAGGAGCAGCAUGGGGUGCAGCAGGGGUUGAAACGGGUGUGGGGGCAGGUGGGACAGGCGCUGUAGAAGGGAGUGAGACUGCACGGCUCGCAUCCGUGGGUGCUCACAUGGCAGGGCCUGUGGUGGUAACUGUGUUACCAGCUCUGCUUUCUGCAGCUAACCAAUGGGUCUCGCUCCUCUCACACCCUCCAUCUACCAGUCACUCCACCACCACUGAUUGCACUACCACCACUCACACCACCCAUGCGCCAUCAGCCACCCUCACUAACCCUAUGCCAGUAGCUACCCUCACUGCACGCCUGCUCACUCGCUCUCUUGCCACUGCUGCUGCUUCUCCUCUCUCCCACUGCCGCCCACACCUCUGUGCGCGCUGGGCGGUGGAUCUUGUCCGUUUCUUCCAGCUGCAAGGCGGGAAGGAGGCGGCGGAGAGGCGUGUGAUUGGGUGGAUUCUGGCCGAUCUCGAGUUGAUGGGUGGAGGGGAGCAAAAAUGGCCUCGAUUUGUGGGUCACUUUCCUGACUCUUCUGUCACGGCUGGUUCUCGUGACAGUGGUACGACAGGGUACAGUCACAUUGACAGCAUCAUCAACGCACUGCCGCCUCCUCCUCAUCUCUCCUCCGCAAUUUCGCAACCCCCCUCACACCUCCUCUCCUCCCGCCUCCUCCACUUCCUCUCUCACCUCACUCACCUCCUUGGCCCAUCUGCCGUUUUCUUCUGCCCAGCGGGCGGCGGGCGGGAGGCACUGGCGGUUGAACUGAUGUGCGCCUGGCAAGAGGAACACUCUCUGCGCCACCACCAUCACUCCACCGUCACGCCACAUGGCGGCCUCUCAUUGGGCGGGCUUGACGGCGAUGGCCUUGGGAUUGGGCCAGCAGUGGUGGCGGAGCUGAUGGUGGGGGCAGCACGGCAGGUGGGGGAGAAGGAGGCGGAGGUACAAAAAAGUGUGGAGGGAGGGGCAGAGGUGGGAGCAGGAGUGAGAGGAGCAGUAGAGGGCAGAGCGGAGGGAAGGCUUGUGAGCGAGGUGGUGAGUGUGUUGGUGCAACUGGCGUCCCAGGAAAUCGACCCUGCUCGUGCCAGUGCUGCCACCGCCACUGCCACACAUGCAUCAUUGGCUCUCAAGGCACUCUGCGGGCUUCUCAGAAGGUUCCUUGCAGCAGGGGCGUGGGGCCCAUGGCAGGCAUGGCAGGUGGUGCAGCAGCAGGUGGCAGCACUGAAGGAUGAGAGAGAGGGCCGUGGCAACUCUUCCCAUGGAAAUGCCGGGAGUGGGGGAGGGCGUGGGAGAGUGCGAGUGGUGGCAGAGGUGGUGGGGAUACUGAUGCCUGUGGUGCGGUGGGGCGGGCAGGUAGGGGGGCGAGCCGAGGCAGCAGGGGGAGGUGCAGCAGCGGGUGGGGAAGGAGGAUGGAGAGGGGCGUUGGAGCAGCAGGUGGAUGAGGAGGUGGUGUGGUGGGUGCAGCGAGCCAAUGAGGCGCUGCCACUUGUCGCAUGUGUGGAGCAGCAGAGUGCAGAGGCAAGAGACUCGCUCGCUCUCCACGCCCUCGCCUUGGCGCUCUUCCCCAUGCCACCAUCAUCUGGUCCCUCUUCCACCCCUCUCCAAGCCCACUCCUCCGCCACCACCAGCAGCCCCUCCCAGCGCGCCGCCCUGCUCGCCCUGCUGCGCCUGCAGACCUCCCGCCACGCCACUGCUGCCGUCGCUGCCGCUGCCGCCGCCUCCCGCCUCGCCGCUGCCGCGUCUGCUGGGGAUGCAGGCAGCGUGGGGCCCGGGGAGACGAGCAGUGCUCUGAGCAGCGUGGGUAAGAUGAGGCAUGCUGGGGGUGUGAGUGCGGACGUGGGAGGGGGGGACGAGUUGGAUGAUCUAGACGAGCUUGAUGAAUUGGAUGAGCUGGAUGAGGAUGGCGGCGGUGAUGCAGGUGGCAGUGAUGACGUGCUAUUUGACGAGCUUGAUGAGCUGAAUGAGGAGGAGGAGCAGCAGAGCGGUGGGAGGGAUGGAAGGCCGGUGCAGGUGCAGAGCAGUGCCAGUGGUGCAACCAGUAACAGGGAGGCAUUGCAGCAGCAGCAGGUGGGGGUCGAGGAAGCAUGGGAGAGCACACAGGAGAGCAGGGAGGAGUGGGUGGCGCACGUGAAUUGCUGCCUCCUCGCCCUCGCCAGCACAGCAGUGGCGUACAGCUGGCAGGAGAUGGCGGAAGCUGACGUGGCGUUUGUGGGCGGCAGGCUGCGGCAGGCGCUGGCAGCAGCAGCCAUGGCGUUUGAGGAGCUGGUGGAGGGUAUGGGGGAGGGGGUGGGGGAGGAAGAGGAUGGGAAUAGGAGAAAAUCAGGAAAGAGGCAAGCAGGGGAGGGGCAGGCAGGGGAUGAGCAGGGAAGGGUGAGUGGCAUGGCACGGCGGCUGGAGGCCAUGCCAUUGGACGUGGCAGGUGCUGCCCUCUCACUGCUCUCCAUGCUGCUCGCCCUCCACUCCCACGCCUCUGCUGCCUCCGCUGCCACCAGCAGCAUCUUCUCACUCUGGUCGUCAGCCGCUCCAUCGGCGUCCCCCUCCUCGCUCUGGUCAUCAGAGGCAUGUGCAGCGGUGGUACGGCAGGGGUCAGAGCACGCCUUGCGCAUCUUCAUUGCUACAGGCCUAGCAGACGCGGCUGUCCCUCACAGCACCGUCGCCAGCAGUGCAGCCAGCAGCGUUCAGAGCAGCCAGCCCAUGACAACCUGGCGCCUGCAGCAUCCACUCUUCUUCCGCCAGCUGUCGCACGCAGUGCUUGCCGCUCCCCCUCGGGCGGUGGAAGCAGCGGUGCGGGCAGCGGAGAUCUGGGGGGCGGGGCGAGGGCCAAUUGCAGGGCUGUAUGCGCUCAUGUGCGGCCCGUCGCCAGGUGGCAGCGUGCGAUUGGCUGCAUUCUGGUGUCUUUCUAGGGAGCAGGUAUUGCCUGCUGCUGUGGGGGCAGCGGUGGUGAGGGGCGGAGGAGACGGGGAGACACAUGGAGAGCCAGUUGGUGAUGGCGUCAGACCUGAGCUGGCUCACAUUCUGCAGCCAGCCAAUCGGAAGGAGUUGCUGACGUCAGCUCUGACGUCAUCGCAGCGGGUGCGGUACUACCUGGCAGCUUGUCUUGUGCUGCACCGCAUCCAAUCCCUCCCCACCUCACCCCCAUCCCCACCUCCCUCCACCGCAACCGCCUCUGCCGCAUCGCCAUCCUCCCCUCGUGACCGCCUCAUCUCUUUCAUCCUAGCCACUCCCACUCUCACUCUCCUCCUCGACCUCGUCUCUCAAAACCUCCUCCUCGCCCCCUCUCCCUCACACUCCUCCGCCUCUGCACGUCGCCUCAUCCAUCUCAACCCCUCAGGACCCCUCCCCCCUGCGGUAGCCCAAGCUGGGGACUUUGCCACACGUGCAGUUGCCCAGGCCUCGCCUCUGGACGUCGCACUGGAAGUUUUAACCCUGUCCGGGGCAGGCAAAUUAUCGGUGCCACGCAUGCGCAGCCUGGCAGCAGCGGUGUUUGGGGCAGCGCUGCGAGUGGUGCCAGGGGGGGUGAGGCGGUGGUAUGCGGAUGUGAGGGAGAUGGGAGUGCGGCGGGGCAUGGACAUCUUCACUGCCCGAUACUGCAGCGCUCACAUGAUCUCCCUCGAACUCGCCCAGCGACACUCCUUCCUUCGUACCUCUCCUGAAUCUUCCCAGCCACGUCCCAUUCUGCUGCCGCUUCCCUUCCUCCGUCAAACCCCCCCCCCCCUCCCCAACCAGGCGCAGAAGGCGGGCGGCAGCAAGGAGGACCUGACGGUGCGCACACGGCGGUCAGCACGCGAGGUGUGGGCGGUGUACUGCAAGGACGAGGCCAAGCUGGAGCUUGUCAUCAAGCUGCCCGAAAGCUACCCGCUGCGAGGGGCAGCUGUCGAAAGUUCCAAAGGGGCAGGCGUGAAAGAGGCCGAGAUGCGCAAGUGGCUGUUGGCUGCUAACUCGUUCCUGCUGCUGGGAGGGGGGUCGGUGGCAGAUGCGGUGGUGCAGUGGUGCGACUGUGCAGAGAAGAAGUUUGAAGGGGUUGAGGAUUGCCCCAUCUGCUACAGUGUCAUCCACUCGUCCAAUGGCAGCCUGCCACGUCUGCAGUGCCGCACGUGCAAGCACAAGUUCCACCCCGAGUGUCUGUACCAGUGGUUCCAAUCCUCCCACAAGUCCACCUGCCCGCUCUGCCAGACAUCCUUCUAG